AAUUCCUCUUCCAGUUCUUGGAUCUUCACUCGAAAACCGCACUGCGACAACGGCAAAACUCGUCGUGUCGAUCGUGUCAUCCCCUCGAUCCCUUCGUCUGAACGUCUGAACAUUGAUCCAUCUCCCUGUCCAUGGCAGCUUGACAGCUCGAGAAAGAGCAGAGAGAUCGGUCAAGGAAGAAACCUAACUACGACAGCAGACGGUAGUCCAGCGAAAACUAAAACCACGAGACAAUGAUCACGGCAAAUCAAUUCUUUCAGGACACCAAUGCUGUGGGACAAGAAGAAGAACACCCAUCACGAACCACCGAUCGAUUCUCUCGUUGGAGACGCAUUUCCAAUGCUUCGUGGCGCUUGGAACGGCUCGCCAAUGCACCCGUGUCGACACAUCCUCCCCAGGCUGUGCUGGAUUCCAUGAACCGUUUGUUGACACAUCAUUCCGUGGGGACGGCACAACACGAUCACGUGCAUCAAGAUCAAUUCGUGUUGGACAUGGAAGCCUUUCUGAACGCCAAGCAGAAUACUGCUGCUUCCAUUCACCAAGAUCGCCAAGGCGUGGUGGUGUCGUCGCCGCUGCGUUUGAGUACCAAAACCAUUUCCAAAGGACUCUUGACCGUGUCAAAUAGCACCAAUGAUGAUCCAUUCUGCAUGGUUGCCAUGGCUCCCAAUAACAACAUCAGCAGCAGCAGUGGCGUCGUGAUGGAAUUUGCCUCCUAUGCCAAAAAAAUAAAACACAAUUUACAGUCAUAUAUUCCAGUGGGAUACGAAGAAUUUGAAGCUUUGCAGCAACAAAAGCAAUCGGACGGCGACAAUGAACAUUCAUCUUCCACGCUCUACUACAUUAUGGAAAUCAAAGCCAGGGGAGAAACUGAAGGAGAAAUGAUUUUGGGUGCUGGGACUACCCUGGAAGAUGUCUAUCUCAUCCUCGGCGAUGACAGCAGCAGCAAUGGAAGUUUUGGCAAUCCACAGGAUCAAUCCACGGCAUCUGUAGGGGUCAAAGCCAAGGUCAUCUCGUCCCAACGUUGGGUCCAAAUGUUAAGAGACGACCCCCGUGAUGACAACGAGGAGGACCUCACCUGGGUGUUUCGAGAAUUGGAAGACAUGCCUCCCAUGUCAUUGCCACAACCUGUUGGGGCUAAUUCUUGUCAGGGCGAUAAUAAUGGCAGUGACAAAUCCUCUCUGCUGUUGGUGGUUUCUUUGGACGAAAAAAGCAUGAAUCAGUUGAACAGCUACUCUCAAUCAUCAGCAGACGAGAAUGCUGAAAAGACGAUAACCCGAGGCAACUUGGUGCUCAAGUUCCGCCGCACCGCUUUGAUUCGAUACAGCCCCAUGGAAUCACAACUUUCUACGGCUCACUUUGCCAUUGCCAGAAGCGUCCAAAUGGUCCAGUAUCCAUCCACCGAACAAGACAAGGUCCGGAAAGCACUCGAGGGAGCACUGUGGAAUGCCGAACGAUUCAUCCCCGAACAAAAACGCCAACAAUGGGACGGAUUCCCCGACGUGAUUAUAUGUGUUGUGCCUCAUCCGGCACUUCCGUUCAUCCUAUCACGAUGGUUGCAAAACCCUCUGAGUCGCAAGUCCAAUUUCGAUUUGGCGCCUUGUAAUCUGCUCAUGCGGCUCCCAUACUGGCAACGAUACAGUCCAAGAGAUUGUCCCUAUAUAGAUCUAAGAUGGCAUUUCAAUGAACACGUUUGGAUGGAUUUGGCGUCGGCCCGAGCGGACCUGGAACAAAAUGUCAAGGCCGUCAAAAAGAGCUCUAUUUAUCAUCAAAGCCAGCGAACGUCGGACGCUAUUGAAUUUGAUGCCAAAGGAUUGCAGCAGCUCUGUUGUGAUGUGGAAGAAGCAGGCUCGUUCUUGUCACGGCAUGAGCUUUUGCGGCAGGGCUAUGUUCGAAGAAUGCUCGCGGCUCUGGACAUUGAACGAUUGCACUGUUUUGAGGACAUUAAAAAGCACGAUCUGUACAGUGUCCACUGGAAGGGACACACAGUGGAGAUUCCGCCUCCUAUGACUGUGUCAAAGUUUUGCCCAAAGUGCAACCCUUCGGGCAACUUCCGAGGGCCAAACGGUCUCAAUUGCAUGUAUCACAUGGCCUCUGUGUUUUACGAGGACGAAUUCGGCAAAAGUCCCCCACCCGGAAAGCCGAUCGCCAUUCGAUCGAAAUCGCAAAUCGAGAGACUGCCGCGGCUUUUGGCAAUGUUCCCUGGGGAAAGUCUGAUUGUCAAGAUAACCGUUCCAGGCGUCGCGGAGGAUUUCCCCUUGAUAUCCAUUGGAGACCUUGUGCGUCUGUACUUCCGAAGCCCUGGAGAUGAGUUGAAGACGGAGAUAAUAGGCGAAGUAGCGGACGUGGUGGUGAAGAGUGAGGAGGUCACAAUCCGACUGCCCUCCCCCUACCAACGAAAUUCUGCCAUAACAAUGGGGUGCUUCCCCUACCUUCAAGCGAUCUUACACACGAAAGAUUAUGUGGUGGAUGCACGCGCCAUUUUGCAGUCAGGCCUGCCGAUGUCCAUCGAUGCCAUUCCAAUCACAGACCAGAACCGCAAAGAGCUGUUAGAUCGUCUCAGGUUUGAUGUCAGGUUUGGUUUUCAAGGAUUCCGUGGGUUUCAUAUCAUCCAACAAACUCUUCGCACAUUCUUCUAUACGCCGGACGUUGACCAAUUCAUUCAGGUUGGGAUGCGCAAGGACAAGAAAAAGGUGGCACUCAAUAGAGUCAAGGCAGAAAAUGUGGAACACUGGUGUAGAGUCCUUACACCCACCAAGGCAAAUGAUGAUCAUAUUGUGCCCGUUAGCGACCUGAAGCUACCGAGCAACCCUGAAGCCCCUCCGCCACUGAAGUUUGUCACGUCCGUGAAUCCAGAGCAGCAGCGCGCCGUGACUAAUAUUGCGUAUCGCAACCACGGCCAUGCUCCGUACAUUCUCCAAGGUCCGGCUGGAACUGGGAAGAGCAUGUGUGUUUGCGAAGGAAUUCUGCAGGUCCUCCGUGUUUUCCCCGGCGCAAAGAUACUUGUGUGUGCCCCAUCGGACGCUGCUUGUGAUGUUUUAGCAAGUCGACUCAUUGCUCUCAAGCACCCUAAAUCCAUCUUGAGAAUCAACUGGUGGUCUCGCAAGGUUGCAUCCGUCAAGCCAGAGCUUCUGCCUUCGUGUCCCGUUGAUGUCUUAUCGGGUGUUUUCACUGUGCCAAGUCUCGAGCACCUGCAACGAGUGGAUGUUGUCGUAUGCCAGUGCUUCGUAGCAGAGUGCCUGGAUCUAGUAGGACAGCGAGGAUGGACCAGAAGUCACUUCACCCAUUUGUUUAUCGAUGAGACAUCCCAAGCCAUGGAGUGCGAGGCAUUAGUCCCAAUUUCCAAGGUGGGACCACGUUGCUCAAUCGUUUUGGCUGGCGACCCGAAGCAACUGGGUCCCACAAUCAGAAACCCUGUUGCAGCUUCCAUGGGGCUAGGAAUGUCGAUAUUGGAACGUUUGUCCAAGCUGCCCCUCUAUGCAUCCAAGCGCUACUGUGUCAACACUCAGCUUGUGCGAAAUUAUCGGUCGAACGACGCCCUUUUGACGGUCCCGUCAAGUCUCUUCUAUGGUGGUUCCCUUAAGUGCUAUGCUCCAAAGGCUGUCACGGAUCCUUUUGAAAACUGGGGGGACCUUGGCGCUGCCCGAUUCCCCUUGCUUCUCUGCAAUGUUUCGAAUGGAAAAGAGCGCAGCAAGAUUGACACACCUUCAUUCUACAACUUGGAAGAGUGUCAUGCCAUCAUUGCACUGGCCAAGGGUCUGCUUCGUUGCAAGUGCAAGGAGGGCGUGGAGCAACUUCAUACUGGCCAGAUUUGCGUGAUUACACCCUUCCGCGCUCAGGUUUUGGCUAUGCGUUUGCUUCUGCGUAAUGCCAACAUUGGAGGUGUUUCUGUUGGCGUCGUUGAAGAUUUUCAGGGCCAGGAGGCGAAGGUCGUCUUCAUUAGCACCGUUUUGACGAGGGAUCAUCAGCGAUGGAAUAGAUCGGCGGUCUCUUCUGAUGGGGAUAAGGAUGGCGAAGUGAGAGGACAACAACGUUUCGGUUUUCUCCAUGACCCGAAACGCUUCAAUGUUGCCAUAACUCGAGCCCAUGCUCUCUGUAUUGUGGUGGGCAAUGCAAACUAUUUGGAGCAAAGUGGUACAUACUGGUCGGCCCUCAUGGAUCAUAUCAAGAGAAAUGAUGGUGUGCUUGGUGCUGGAGGCACUUCGAACUCAGGGGAUGCAGAUCCUGAAUCCAACGACGACGAUCAGGACGAUGAUGCUUAUGGCGUAGAUGAUUUGCUUCGACGAGUGGAAGAGCUGAGACUUUUGGGCUGUGGUGUGGAAGAGGAUAUUCAUGAUCUUUCCCAUUACUAUUCUGAUAUCCCACAGUGGAAGGUCAUGCUGUCCUAAUUGGGGUCUUUUUAUAACAUAUUUUAGUCCAUCAUGAAAGGCUUGUUAUUGGGGUGCUACCGGGACUACUGGUAGCUCUAUGGGGAGCCGUCUAUUAAUAUUAAAAGUCGUCCAGCAGAAUGUGCGGU